AUGAUCAAGCCCAAAGCUUCAACAACGAACAAUGGAUCUCCCGCCUCGGCUUUUCCUGUUGCAAACCCCACUCUCCCUUCUCCUAUCGACGACGGUGUUGGGCUGGCAAACGUCCACCUCAACCAAAGCCGACGUAGGCUCUUGGACUUAUUGAACAAGCUGUACAACACCGGUGUGCAGGCCGACGUCGAUAUCCCUCAGAUUGCCGUGAUUGGCUCUCAAAGUGCCGGGAAAUCGUCUCUAAUCGAAUCCAUCUCGGGCAUCACGUUGCCUCGAGCCGCAGGGACCUGUACUCGAUGCCCCACCGAGUGCAAGUUGAGCAGUUCUUCGAGUGACUGGACAUGUAUAGUAACAUUGAGAUUCACCACGGACGUCAACGGCCAGACCCUUGGUCAACCUCGUACCAUCGUGUUUGGCCCCGCCAUCACCGACAAAAGCAAUGUUGAAGAACGCAUACGCCGAGCCCAGAGGGCCAUUCUCAACCCAGGAACAUCGUACCAAAUAUUCCUCGACGGUGAUGAUGAGGACCUUCCGAAAUCCGAAUUAACGUUCUCGACGAAUUGUGUGACAUUGCAGAUAAGCGGGCCUGGCGUGGCCGACCUUUCAUUCUGCGAUCUCCCAGGUCUCAUCGCAAGCGUGGGGGCUGGCGGCAACAAUAACGACAUCCAGCUUGUCGAAAGCUUGGUUACAUCAUACAUCUCCAAGCCGAGCUGCGUUAUCUUGCUAACCGUGGCCUGCGAGACCGAUUUUGAGAACCAAGGAGCCCAUCAACUCGCCAAAAAGCACGAUCCUCACGGAAAGCGUACCAUUGGUGUCCUGACAAAACCCGAUCGUAUUCCCACCGGCGAAGAGGGUCGAUGGCUUAGAUUUAUUCAGAAUGAGAUCGAGCCGCUAGAAAACAACUGGUUCUGCGUCAAGCAACCCAGUUCCAACGAUCUCAAGCAAGGCGUGACUUGGGCCAAUGCUCGCCAACGCGAGAACGAGUUUUUCUCCAUGACGGCGCCUUGGUGUAACCUCGAAUCGAUGUACCAGAAGUACCUUCGCACUGGCAACUUGGUUGAGCGGGCAAGCUCCAUCCUCUCGGAUUUGAUCUCCAGACGAUUGCCUGUCAUUCAAGAGGAACUUCAGAAGGCUCUCCGCAAGACUGAAGAAGCCCUUGCAGCGAUGCCGAAAGAGCCAUCCGCCGACGCUUUCAGCGAAGUGAUGGCGCUCUUGCACACGUUCGCCACUGACGUCUCCUUCCAUGUCGACGGAUUCCGAAUGGCAAUUCGUUCUACUGCGCCCCAGUUCGUCCCGUUGGAAAAACGUGUGACGCAGGACUUCACGAUGACUCGUCCUAAAUUUCUCGAUCAAGAAGAAGGAACGGACGCCGACGCUACCGACGAAGAUUCACUGGUAGAGCACAUUUUCAUCGACGAAGUGAUGGCGCGUGCUCAGAAAGCCCGUGCACGAGAACUUCCUGAUAACUAUCCCUUCGUUGUACGGGCGAAGUAUGUCUCGUCGAUCACCGAGAAGUGGCACUCUCCUGCGCAAAUCUUAUGCAAUCAGAUGUACAAUGUCCUCUUCAAAUACAUGAAGGAACUCAUCCACAAGCACUUCGCGAGUUUCGGCCAAGGCAAUCUUGAACAACGCGUCGGGGUCAUUUUGCAGAACCACAUACAGGCGGCGUGUCACAGAGCGGAGGAACGCAUCAAGUGGCUCAUCAGCCUCGAGGCCCGCCCAUUCACGCUCAACGAACACUACUUGUCCGAGUACAAGGACAAGUUCCUCUCUUUCUACAAAGCCGUACGACAGUCGCAGCGCAACCCCGAGCUGCUGGCCUCGAUCAACGACCACCUCACGAACCCACCCAAAGCCGCAGUAUACAACCGCAGCGGCCACGUCGUGACAGACGCCGUCCAGCCGAAUGGUAUUGCCAAAAUUUUGUCUGGGCUCGCUGAAGUAGGCAUCUUGGGCGUCAAGCCGGAGGACAUUCCGAAACUGCUUCCUUCGGAUACGAUGGAGCCUGCCAUGACAAUUAUGGCUGAAGUACGAGCGUAUUUCCAAGUGGCGUAUAAGCGGUUCGUUGAUAACAUCCCCCUAGCGAUCGACCAGGAGCUUAUCCUCGGACUGGAGCAAGAUAUCUUACCGACACUCUAUUCUGGACUUGGGCUGAAUGGUCCUGAUGGAAUGCGAAUCUGCCAAGAGCUCACGCAGGAGAGUCCACAAGUCGCUGGCAAGCGGGAAGAGUUGAAGAAGAGGUGGGAGCGGCUGUCUGCAGCCAGCCGUGAACUCCUCAGCAUCGGACUCUAA